UGCGGAGAGAUUGGGGAUGUAGCAUGGAGUGCAGAGAGAGAUUGGGGAUAUAGCAUGGAGUGCAGAGAGAGAUUGGGGAUGUAGCAUGGAGUGCAGAGAGAGAUUGGGGAUGUAGCAUGGAAGGCGGGGAGACAGGGAGCACAUAGCACAUGUUUUGCUGGAAGAGUGCAGAGAGCUUCGUUAGCUCGAAUAGAUCUGGCUGGCUAGACAGAAGCUAAGCAUUUGGUGCAUGGGCUCCCUGCCAUGUGUGUGCGUGGUGAGAGGCUGCAUGCGAACGAUGCAGUGUGCGAGUGCUGAAAAAAUGGAGCAGGUGAGCUCUGUUUAAUGACUUGUAAGAGUCCAUCAGUUACAUCCCAUUGACAUAUUCAUGUUUCCACCUGCACUCCGUUUUAUUCUUCUGUGCUUGUAUAGUGAAUGUAGGGCAGGGAUGGAUAUUUACGGAGCAUGUGGUGGUGUAAAUAGUGCCUCUGGGGUAGAGCUUUCUGUAUGAUCCGUAUUGGUGUGUGUUUCUUGGUCCUUUUUGAUCAAUAGAGGCUUGUGAAAUCAGGAACAAGUUGCCACUUGUGAACACAGACCAGUAACAUAUGCACUUACUAUACAUAAUCAGUACGGAGCACCAGAAGUCAGUCACUAGAAUGAGUAUAGCCAGUAUUUAUGUUGUACAUUUCAUUCAUUCACAUGUUGUGUCAUGUAGCUGGGAAUUCUGCUCCCCAGGGUAACGUUUAGUUGCUGAGCUAUGCUAUGAAUAAAGCUUGUAUUGUACAUGGCUCCUGUCCUCCAGCGUGCCUCUAAAAUAGUAUGAAUGUGUGAUAGUUGGAUGCAGAUUUAUGUGUAUUUCAGGAACCCGUGAAUGUGAAUCUGCUGUGUGUACACACCUGGUACCCUUGGAUGUGAAUCUGUGUGUACGCCAAGAACCCGUGAAUGUGAAUCUGCCGUGUGUGUGUACUCCAGGUAUCCGUGGAUGUGAAUCUUCUAUGUGUGUGUGUGUACUUCAGGUACCAGUGGAUGUGACAGCAGGUAGGUUAUGUCGAUCUAGAACAUUGGGGUCCUGGUUAACAUGGAUUCACUGACUACUAGUAACAUUGUUCCAUAAUGUACCACUAUAGACCCAUUUGUAAUAUACUAUAUUUAUAAUAAAUUGGAGGCAAUCAUCGUACCCCCUUGUCCCAAUACUGUUUACUUAUAUUUUGCUCUAAUCACUCUCAGUCAAGUCUAUAGGAGGUAUAGAUUACAUCAUUCUAAGUGCUUGUCACCCCAAGUCACCAUAAAUUAAUCAUAGUUAGUGUUCCUCAGCAAUGUAAUGUACACUUACUAUAUAUUGCAGGACACACUGUAUCUUAGAAAAGAUUUUUUAAAGUGCUGGAGUUGUGAUAAAAUGCCACGUGCUGUUUGUGCAGCACCCACAGCUUUUACGCAAAAGCCCCUAUCAGAAUUUCCAACACAAAAUUACAGGUUAACCCCCUCAUGCUCCACUGUGCCUAAGAGAUCAUUAUCUGGGGGGGGGAAACAUAAUUAAAUUAUCUCUCAGGUACAGAAAAAUCUACAAUUUCUAAAGCAAUCAUGUCCCCCCUCAAGUCUUAUAUUCCCGGAUCUGAGCGCCCAACCUAUCCUAAAAGCGCUCAGAUAUACAGACAAAAUGCCACUGGGGUAGUUUCAACCGACCACACACAAGGCUCCUGCCCAAAAUAGUUUCAUAGAAUCAGUGGUAGCGGUCUCUUUCGGGAGUACAAAAACUAAUAAACUACCGAAUGUAGUCCAUACUCAUAACGUGGAGCUUGUUCCCCUAAUCCAUACGAACGAUUCCACCAAACAGAGCUCUUCUAGGAUGUAAAGAACUGAACGGGGACGGAAGUCCAGCAGUGUUCGCAAUGUCGAGUGUCCGAUUUUAGUUCCAUGCAGUCGACGAGCAAACACCACAGCCUGCGUUCGCAUGAACAAGAUGGCCGCCACCAUGUGUUUGUCCAUACGAAAAGCGGCCACCCAGAUGAACACUUAGAACACUGAGGUGAGAAUCGUUACAAGGUGUCAAUAGGGUUUAACGAGCAUCCGGUCUUUAGUUUGUGGAUUUGUUCGGUUCCCAAACACAAUAAGGAAAUUUCACCAACACAGUCUUUUAACAUGUCUUUUUACAUGGCCCAUAGUCUGUGGGCAGGAGGCUAGCCAGCUGGCCCCUCCAGAAACACAUGGCAGAGGCAUCUUUGCCACAUGCAAUGUGAUGAUGUGUGUAAGAUCCCAUUUGUGCAGUGUGACGGAGUAAGAGAUCCCAUUUGUGCAGUGUGACGGAGUAAGAGAUCCCAUUUGUGCAGUGUGACGAUGUGAGUCAUGCUAGCGGCAAUAUAUGGGAUAGCUGUACGGUACACUAGUGGCGAUAUAUGGGAUAGCUGUACGGUACACUAGUGGCGAUAUAUGGGAUAGCUGUACUGUACACGAGUGGCAGUAUGUGGGAUAGCUUUAUGGUACAUUAGUGGCAGUAUGUGGGAUAGCUUUAUGGUACAUUAGCGUCAGUACAUGGGAUAGCUGUAUGGUACACUAGCAGUCUGCUGAAAACAAAUAGAGGCUGGAUUGUAUUCUUUUGUGAGCAAGCUGUUCGUUCUAAUCCCAAUAGCUGAUCCUUUCCUCACUGGUAAAGGGUUAAGAAAGACUGUAAAGUCUUUAAAAGCUUUGAGGUAAGGCUGAGGUAUGUUCCUAUAAAGAGCUCUAAUCCUAAUCUCUUUAGUAAUGACCUGGAUUCUAGUUAAGCAAACUGAAAUAAGUGAGGGCAGUUUGGGGGCUGGCAGGCCGACAGCUCCCUUCUCUUCUAGGGGGGCAAAUACUGCCACAAGGGUAAUUAAUAAGCAGAAUAUGGAAUCAGGAAAGGUACUGCACAGUAUGUGUACACAUUGCUCUGUAAACCAUGCCGUAUUUGAACAGAGGGUGUGAUCUGCAAUGUGACCUUGUGGAGCGUGGUAAUGUGAGCCUCUUACCAUUGUGUCCUGUGAAGCACUUAGUCAGCACACCUCCAUUCUCAGUUUUCUAUAGCUGUAUGAAGGGAUGCUAUAUCCAUUAUUUGACCAAUCAGGAGAUCACAAAUUGAAUUGCUGUGGGCAGUCCAGUCUUCACUACAAGCAUGGUAUUUAAUGAUGCAUUGCCCCACUCCAGCUGUGAAAGCUGUAUGCCAUUCAGAUCCACGAGUUAUUGAAAGACUUCCAGGUAAAAGAAUUAUAUGCAGUGCAUGUCUGUCUGCUAAAAAAAACACUCCAAGGACCAUGACUACUACAAUGCACUAUAGUGAUUAUGGUGACAGGAGUGACCUGGUACCCUCUCUGGAAGUAGUCAACCAUUUGCAAACAGACUUCUUACCUUGGGACUGGACACUGCCUCCACUACUUCCAAUAGAGAUCUGUCUGAGCCAAGUCUUGGCUCAUUGGCUGAGAGCGCCAGCUGAUUGACCCAGAAGAGCCAACGCAGGCUCAUAAGCAGGAGCUUCUAGCACUCUGUGGGAAGUAGUAGCGGCAGGAAAAGACCCCCAGUGAAACUAAAGUAAGAAGGACUGUUGCUUCAACACCCUUCCCAUUUCUCUCAUUACAUCUACACAUCCCACACUACUUCUUUAUAUCUCUUACUCCGUAUCACCGCCAUACAGCUCCUCAUACCAUCUCUUACUCCGUAUCACCGCCAUACAUCUCCUCGUACCAUCUCUUACUCCGUAUCACCGCUAUACAUCUCCUCCUACCAUCUCUUAUUCCGUAUCACUGCUAUACAUCUUGUACUCAUUAUCACCGCUAUACAUCGCCUCGUACCAUCUUACUCAGUAUCACCGCUAUACAUCUUAUGUCAUCUCUUACUCCAGCUCACCGCUAUACAUCUCCUUGUACCAUCUCUUACUCAGUAUCACCGCUAUACAUCUCUUCAUACCAUCUCUUACUCAGUAUCACCGCUAUACAUCUAAUACCAUCUCUUACUGACCUUUGCCGCUAUACAUCUCAUGUUAGAAAGUUCCUGAGAAUGAUAGCAAACUAUCUUUAGUAUAGCAGGUGGCCAGUGGCCAUAUUAUGGUAAAUAUGAAACUCUAAGUUACACAUUAAAAGUGGCAAAUUUCUAAUAUGUUGUUUCAUCAUGAAGGAGAUGUGAGCCAGCUUUGGGAUUUUUUUCUAAAAACCUAGUUCUGGUAAGGUUGCAGUCAUUGCCAAAAGACUCACAGCUCUCCAUGGAGUUCAAUGGGACUUCACGCUGGAGCUCACCACAUUUUAUGAACUAAACUUAAUGGGUUUAUUGAAGUGAUCAGGUCCAAGGGAAGAAAUAUUCAAAAAUAUAAACAUGUUGUGCACUUUUAAAAAUUUAUAUUAAAUGAUCCCCCCCACUCUGCCUAGCUGUAAUAUAAUGGAAACCAUCCAAUGAUAUCCAUAACAGAUUAAUUUGAGAUAAAAUGUAAAUAUUUGGACCCCUAUAGAUCUUUCUAAAGCCUUGAUGGGAAAAAUAACUGAGAACAUGGAAGGAAGAGUGAACUAGGUUUUAUAACACACCUCCAAUCUCUGCAAGCUUACCUGGUUAGUUACCAGAAGCCCUGUACUACUCGUAGCAGUGCAGUUAUUCCAAGAUGUAGUAUUUAGGCCAACUAUGAAUGGUACCUCAGGACCGCACACAUUACUCAGAGCAGAGAUUCCUGGCUGCAUUUGGGAACAUAAUUGCUCAGCACUGUAAGUAAGAAUGAGGAUUACAUUUCUCCUUUGAUGUGCUUCCUGUGUAGGGAUCAUAUUCACAGAUAAAGCUGUGUCUGCCAGGAAUAAUGAACAAGUACCUUCACAAUGAAUCAUGGAGGAACUCACCUACUUGUCUUUCUUGCAGGAAUACCGCUCCUGGGUUUCCUCUUCUUGCUUCCUCUACAGAUUCAAUGGCGUCAGCUGUCAGUGCCAUGGCUUGGUGUGGUACAUUACCUGGCAUGUGUUAGCCCUCAACUAGGCAGUGUCCUGUAUCAUCUCUUCAUGAACCAUCAUGGGGGGGCAACAGUCUAUCGCAAACUGCUAACUCUCGACAUGUGUGGAAUCUGCCUGGUUAACACACUGGGUGAGUUCUCUGCCACAGGGCUCCCCAUUUGACGGUGUACAUUAGCGACAAUUGCUUAUCAAAUGAUCACGUGCCGUGUGCUUAGGUAAAAAGUGCAUAUAUGAUUAUACACUAUAUAAAUCCAUAGAUAGAUAGAUAGAAUCAGGGCUUGUUCAGUUUAUACACUAUAUAAAUCCAUAGAUAGAUAGAUAGAUAGAUAGAUAGAAGCAGGGCUCGCUCUGUUUAUACACUAUAUAAAUCCAUAGAUAGAUAGAAGCAGGGCUCGCUCUGUUUAUACACUAUAUAAAUCCAUAGAUAGAUAGAAGCAGGGCUCGCUCUGUUUAUACACUAUAUAAAUCCAUAGAUAGAAGCAGGGCUCGCUCUGUUUAUACACUAUAUAAAUCCAUAGAUAGAAGCAGGGCUCGCUCUGUUUAUACACUAUAUAAAUCCAUAGAUAGAUAGAAGCAGGGCUCGCUCUGUUUAUACACUAUAUAAAUCCAUAGAUAGAUAGAAGCAGGGCUCGCUCUGUUUAUACACUAUAUAAAUCCAUAGAUAGAUAGAAGCAGGGCUCGCUCUGUUUAUACACUAUAUAAAUCCAUAGAUAGAUAGAAGCAGGGCUCGCUCUGUUUAUACACUAUAUAAAUCCAUAGAUAGAUAGAAGCAGGGCUCGCUCUGUUUAUACACUAUAUAAAUCCAUAGAUAGAUAGAAGCAGGGCUCGCUCUGUUUAUACACUAUAUAAAUCCAUAGAUAGAUAGAAGCAGGGCUCGCUCUGUUUAUACACUAUAUAAAUCCAUAGAUAGAUAGAAGCAGGGCUCGCUCUGUUUAUACACUAUAUAAAUCCAUAGAUAGAUAGAAGCAGGGCUCGCUCUGUUUAUACACUAUAUAAAUCCAUAGAUAGAUAGAAGCAGGGCUCGCUCUGUUUAUACACUAUAUAAAUCCAUAGAUAGAUAGAAGCAGGGCUCGCUCUGUUUAUACACUAUAUAAAUCCAUAGAUAGAUAGAAGCAGGGCUCGCUCUGUUUAUACACUAUAUAAAUCCAUAGAUAGAUAGAAGCAGGGCUCGCUCUGUUUAUACACUAUAUAAAUCCAUAGAUAGAUAGAAGCAGGGCUCGCUCUGUUUAAACACUAUAUAAAUCCAUAGAUAGAUAGAAGCAGGGCUCGCUCUGUUUAUACACUAUAUAAAUCCAUAGUUAGAUAGAAGCAGGGCUCGCUCUGUUUAUACACUAUAUAAAUCCAUAGUUAGAUAGAAGCAGGACUCGCUCUGUUUAUACACUAUAUAAAUCCAUAGAUAGAUAGAAGCAGGGCUCGCUCUGUUUAUACACUAUAUAAAUCCAUAGUUAGAUAGAAGCAGGGUUCGCUCUGUUUAUAAUAUAUAUAUAUAUCUCCAUAGAUAGCAGAGCUCACUGUUUAUACACUAUAUAAAUCCAUAGAUGGAUAACCUUGCGGUGGCUAAAUGUACUUAUUGAGAUGCAAUGAAUCAUGGGAAUUGUUGGUUACACCAGUGUUAAACUGAAAAUCUAAUUUUAGCUGAUUUAGAAAAAUGUUCAAGUUUUGCUGAAAUAAGUGUUUUCUUGAAUACCCACAUAGGUGGAGCCCCGAGUAACAGCUCAGCAUGUUAAUUGUCUUAUUGUGGACAUAUCUUUCCUAAUGUAUUUAUUUUCCUACAGGUGCCCUUCCAAUCAUUUACUGUACUCUACUCUGCUAUCCAGCCACUCGGAGCCUGGCCCUCCUGGUGUACUCUGCCUUGUCCAGUUAUGUCAUUUUCUGUGCAGUCAGUGCUCACAGUAACAUUAGCCGCUUUUGUUCAUUUACCUGGCAGGCUGCCUUCCGCUUUUAUUUUUUCUAUCUGCGCUGGGCAGGGCUGGGGUCUGGACACCCCUCCUCAUUACGCUGCUACCUCCUCAUGGAUGGUCUUGCCCUACUUGGGGGAAUUAUCAACAUUUCCCGCCUCCCUGAAAGAUUGCGUCCAGGCAAAUUUGACUACUGGUGUAAUAGCCACCAAAUUAUGCAUGUCCUGGUGGUGAUAAGCAUUCUGUAUCUGCACUGGGGUGUGACUUCUGACCUCACCUGGAUUAGCAGUCAUUCCUGCCCUCUGGAGUGAAGCUAAGGCCCCGUUACCUAGAUCUGGUUAAUUGUAGUUAAGCUCAGUCUUCAGAAGAAUGGUGAAGAAGACUUGAGCUAGCAGAGCUGGGAAUCCAAGCUCUAAAAAUCCUCUAGUGGCC